AGAGAAGGACAAGUGAUGAGAAGAGGAGAGGAGAGCCGCUGUCGCAGAGGAACAGGAGGAGAGAGGGAAACAGACGCAUCUGCGGCUCGUUCAAAAUUCUUAAGAUGCCAGCAUUUUCUCACCGACUAAGAGGAAUAAAUCCCGGUGCAUCAUGACGGAUUGCGUCUUGUUCAAUUCUUUGCACUUUGGUUGUUUUUUGUAGACGCACAUUUGGGGAAACGCUUAAAAAACUAAUAUUAUUUUGCUUUAAAGAAAUCCAUCGGACAGUUUGCAGCACCUCUGGGAGCAAAGUGGAUUCAUUAAAGGAGGAAAGGAGCGCUGAUCUCCUUCUCCUUCAUUAUAUAAAUGUUUGCGUGCCAUUAGUGCGCUUCUCUUUCACGCACACGCGGCCAGACGUGGACAUUGAUCUGUCACACAUGUGGUCCUAAUAACAAGGACGGGCCUCACCCCCCACCCCUUUCCCUCUCCCCCCAAUCCUCACCCCACUGUCUGAUGACUCCCCCUUGCACAGGUGGACGUGGUACGGAGCCGACUGUAGCAUCAUCUUCCUCAGCAUCAUCCUCCUCCUCAGCACCAGCAUGUCCUCGUCGUCGCGCAAGAUUUCCUCCGAGUCAUUUAGCAGCUCGGUGGGCUCAGACUGUGGGCUGGAGAGCCCCGGAGGAGACGGAGGGGACGGCGCUUUGGAGCCGGCUGAUGAGAGCCGGGGCUGCCCGUUCUCCUCCUUCCCUUCGGCCCACAGAGCGGUGCUGUGGAACGGCCGCAGCCCCGCUGAGAGGCCGGCGUGCCCGGCGAGAGAGGAGCAGCAGCAGGGACCCUGCGGGCCCCACAAGAGGGCCACCAGGCGGCGAAGGGUCAACCUGGACUCGUUGGGGGAAAGCCUGAAAAGACUCACUUCACCCACGACACAGACUGUUCAGGAGGCUCUACAUCGAACUCUGCAGUUUUACAGAAAACAAGAGAUCAGGUGUCAGAAUGAAGAAGGUGGGGAAAGGCAGCAUGAGAAAAAGGAGGAGAAGUGCCUGUUUCUUGAAAACUCUGGUUCAGAAGAAGAUGUCCUACAGAUUCUUCAGUAUAUGGCCACAAUAUUAGGAGUGCCAUUCUGUGAGCUGCGAGAGCAUUUUGGAGAGGAGUUCUUUGGUCUCUGCUUCGAAGAGAACGAGCGAGUGCUGCGGGCUGUAGGUGGCAACCUUCAGGAUUUCUUCAAUGGUUUUGACGCCAUUUUAGAACACAUUCGCACCUCCACGGGGCGCCGAGCCUCCUCCGAGAGCCCUUCCUUUCAGUGCAAGGACCCCCGCGAAGAGGAGAAAGAUAGAGGGAAAUUGGAGAAGCUUGGAAAUCGUGGCAGCAGAGACAGCAGAGGGAAGGUGCUGUUUCUUCACUGUUUCAACCCUGCACCUGUUGUGGGAUUAGUUAUGCCAGGUUUGAUUAGAGCUGUCGCCAGGCGAAUCUUUCAUUCAGAGGUUGAAGUGGAAGAGGUGCCACCUCUAACUCCCCUGCUGCCAAAUGAAGAUGCUGAACAAACAGACUGUGAUUCUACAACCCCCACUCCCACAGCGUCCCCCACUGCUUCACCCCCCUCAUCCCCGUCCCCUCCAUCCCUUUUUCCAACUUCAGUCCCCACAGUUUGUCUAUCCUUCUUAAUCCAAGAGACUUGCACUUCUCCGCUCUCUUCCAUCCCAAAUUCGGCAUCUGUCAGCACUAACCGCCCCCCACUUCACCUAUCUACUAAUCCCAGCGAUCUUCGCAUUUCCCUGGCUACGUUCUGCCGUGCCUUCCCUUUUCACCUAGUCCUGGGGCAUCGCAUGGAGCUGCUGCAGCUUGGAGAAGGACUGAGGAAACAGGCUCGCAUUGAGCCUCACAGGAUUCUCUCAUUCAGGGACUGUUUUGAGAUUGUCUCACCCAAGAUGGAACCCUCUUUCCAGGGCAUACUGCUGAGACUUGCUUCGCCAUUUACUAUCCGUACCAGGCCCGACCCCAUGCAAGCUGGCACUAAGGAGAAGGUUAUGGAGCUAAAGGGUCAGAUGAUUCAUGUCCCUGAGUCCUGUUCCUUGAUGUUUCUGGGUUCUCCGCGUGUUGAUAAGCUAGAGGAGCUGAUGGGCAGGGGUCUCCAUCUGUCAGACAUUCCCAUCCAUGAUGCCACUCGAGAUGUUAUCCUGGUAGGAGAGCAAGCCAAGGCCCAGGAUGGCCUAAAGAAAAGAAUGGACAAAUUAAAGGCUACCUUAGAGAGGACUCAUCAAGCUCUGGAGGAAGAAAAAAGGAGGACAGUGGAUCUCCUCUAUUCCAUAUUUCCGGGUGAUGUGGCGCAGAAGCUGUGGCAGGGUCAGCCAGUGCCAGCGCGUAAAUUUAAUGAUGUCACCAUGCUUUUCUCCGACAUCGUGGGCUUUACUGCUGUGUGUGCCCACUGCACACCUAUGCAGGUUAUCUCAAUGCUGAACGAGCUCUACACUCGCUUUGACUACCAGUGUGGCAUUCUGGAUGUUUAUAAGAUUGAAACAAUCGGGGAUGCCUACUGUGUGGCAGGCGGACUUCAUAAGAAGGUUGAUAGCCAUGCAAAACCAAUUGCACAAAUGGCUCUUAAAAUGAUGGAGCUUUCUGAGGAAGUACUGACGCCUGAUGGGAAACCUAUCAAGCUAAGAAUAGGCAUCCACACCGGCUCAGUACUGGCAGGCGUAGUCGGGGUUAAAAUGCCACGAUAUUGCCUGUUUGGGAACAACGUGACUCUAGCCAGCAAGUUUGAAUCAGGAAGCCAUCCAAGGUGCAUCAAUGUUAGUCCAACCACCUACCAAUUGUUGAAAGACGACCGUUCUUUUUCAUUCAUCCCUCGCUCUCGGCUGGAGCUCCCGGACAAUUUUCCCAAAGAGAUUCCAGGGACAUGUUACUUCCUGGAGGCAGGGACUUCCCACAGCCAUGCCUCACUUACCAGCUCUCGCUCGGCUCCUCCGGCCUCUAUGAGGAAGGUCUCCUACAGCAUCGGGACAAUGUUUCUAAGAGAGACCAGUUUGUAGAUUCAUACACAGGUGUUCAAAAUGUGAGGGACUGAACUUAAACCCCAGAAACAUACCGGAAACCAGACACUCCGAUUUGUGGUUAUGCAAAUGUGUCAUGUUAAAAGUGGGAUUUACACCUGAAAUGACAAAUACUUUCAUCGUAGAUGAAAGAGAACAACUGUUCCCAUCUCCUUCUCUGAGCAGUGGGGAUUUUCUUCAAAGGACUAAAGGAACACUGGUCCUGUAUCUAUCCUCCAAGAGGUGGACUGAUAUAAUCAAAUAUUGGAGAAACCUGCGGACCAAGCUGGACGUCUCAGCUACUGCUCUGGUGUCUCGCUCUCUCUUAAGCAGCCCACAUUCAAAUCUGUGUCCGGAUUGACAGAACUGGGUUAAAACUGACAGAGACCGCACUUCAUGACAACUGUUGCCCUCAUUCGCCAUGUGCAAACAGAACAAAUACCCCGUUUCAGUUUUAAGGUGGGUGCUGAAGAAUGAAAUUUGUAUGACUUUCUGUCCAUCAUAUUCUAAUGUCCAAGACAAACGUCUCAUGGAAAACAGUUCAACUCUCCCCGUCCUUCCUUUGCAUCUGUCUUUAAGUCAUGUUAUGCUUUACUGAUUAUAAGAGCUGCGGCUCAAACCUGUGACAUUGGGUCGGCUUGAUGGGAUUUAAAAGAGGAAACAAUGAGAUCUGUUUUAAACAGAUCAUUUCAACAUUUCAACAACAAAUACCAACCAGAAUAAUACUAACCCAAAUUCACAGCCUUUUUUUUGUGACACCCAGCAAACUUAAGUAGAAUAUACUCUAAUAUAGGGGAGUGCUAGUAACAAAAAUGAGAAUAGAUCACUGAAGUUACUGUUUGGCUUUUUUAUUUUUUUUUUUACUUGUAAUUCUUUGUUUUUAGCAUAUUUCAUGAUUUGACCUCUUAUUGAUAAGUUCAUUUGUUUGCAUUUACCAGCUUUUGCUUUCUUUUUUUUUUUUUUUUUUUUGCCUAUCAGCAUUUUGACCUACAAGUAGCAUGUCUAAAAGCUUUGCUUUUUAGGACGGACCUACACAUGUUUCUGCAGUUUGCUUUGGAUGACAUCAAUGCAGACAGAUGUUCAUGAGCAGGCAUAUUCCUGGCUUCAUCUUUUCAGGUCCACAUGAUUAACGGAUUGAUGUGUGUUGUAGUUUGUUGAGCUGGAAAAUUAGAAAUGUGAUUUUCAUCUAAUUGUGCUGUUCAGAAACACUGAUAUAAAAGUCCUGCAUUCACUUAGGCCUGUGCAAAUUUCACCAAUAUACUAAACUCAAAAUUUCUCAUACCCCUCUCAGAUUUAGAUCUUGAGUUAUUUUUUUUAGGUCAUUUUCAUGACAUCCAGUUCUCUGAAAAAUGUUUUCUUGCCAUCACCCUGAUCUUUAGCUGCUUUCAACGAUUCUUUACCAUAUUUUAACUAGGAAGCAAAUCCUUGAUUUACACUGCUUGUGUCUCCAUUACGCACUUUGUUUCAGGGCUGUUUUACAUCAGAAAUGCUCUAAUUUGCUCUGAUCCUUAACGAAGGCCGGAGGUUCUUCUAGAAGCAUGCAUGAUAAAGCCGAUGAUACAUGCUGAAGCCAGACUGAAAAACAUUUGCUAGAUGGAGGUAAACACAACAGUUAAACCUGCUUUACUGUUUCUUUUUUGUUCCUGCAUCAAGAUAUUUACACUGUUGAGUAGCUUACACGAAGAAGCUCAUUUUGCUUAUUUUGGCGCAUUAAAUGUGUUAAUCAUAUGCAAAGUUGUAUGUUACACAAUUAGACGUAUAGAUAUUUGAAUAAAUGACUAUAUUAUUAGUAUAGUAAGGCCUUUGAGAAAGUCUAGCCUUUGGGGAAUUAUUUUGAAAAUACAGUUGGUUUCUUUGGUAGAUUGUUGUGAACAAUAAAAAAAAUGACUUUACACCUAAAUCUGCCAGGGGUGUGAAGAAUUUGGACUUUAUUAAAGAUAGAAAUCCAUUAUGCCUAAUUUCCAAGAUCAAGGAUGACUUGCUAAAUAAAAAAAAUACAGAUCCAAAUAAGGUCAUUUUAAAUCGACCUUCAUAAAGUAGAAAUGUUUGUUUUGAAGAGAUGGUUUUAUCAGUAUCUGACAGACUUUAAUCAAUUAUUAUAAUCAUAUCUUUUGUAAUUGAAUCCAGUAUCAGAAGUGUAAACAUUGGUUAAAGAAAGAGAGAAAAGUGUCAUAUUUCUAUUGUAAUAAGAAGUACACGAACAUUCUUAUCAUCACUGCUUAUUUUAAUACAUGUUCAGAAAUGAUAGCAGCUGCCUUUGCUUAAACAACAGCUUCCUAUGUCCUUAUUUACUUCUUAUCAUAAAGAAAGCUUUGAGUUUUUUUCUCUUUAUAAUUCAUUACCAACUUGAAGUCCUUUCUAUAACCGUACUUCUCCAUAAAUGGAUUGGAAGAAAAGUAUCCUAACAUCUUGAAAAAUUAUGUAGCAGGACUUUACUAAAUAAAAUGUGCCAAUUUCUUUCAAAGAUGCCACCAGCACAGAUAAGUCAUGAUUUCUUCAGUAACAGUGUGGUCUGUGUGUGUCAUUCAGAAAGAUCGUUGACCAGGUGUAAGAUAUUUUUUUAACUGAAACAUGCCAUGUAAAAAAAAAUCAACUACUGUAUUUUUAAUGCAAAAAAUAUUGUGAAUACAAAAAAACUCCCACCUCCCUUUGUUUCUUUUUAUGAGUAGUGUACAAUGUAACACCAGCCUAAAAAUGCAAUAUUUUAUAUAGGGAGAAAUAAUGAAAAACAAAAGUAUACUUUUAACAUACCUGAGGAGUGAAUUAUUGUCAUUGUGUGUAUAUUUAAAUAAAUGAGUAAAUAAACUGAUGAAUAUAGAUUUAUUAAAGAGACGUUAAAGAAAAAAACAAGAAUACAGCAGGUCAAAUUAGAUACAUUUUGAUUUUAAAAAAAAAGGUAAUUUUUUCGUCUGAGAUUUCUUUCAGAUUUUAGGUCAGCGUCCUAACAUCUCAUCAGUGUGUUUUAUCUGCAGCAUUUGGCUUACUAUAUUCUAAUUCCUUUUUCAUCAAAUCAUGUUGAAAUACAGACGCUAUCUUUGGAUUAAACAUUAACACAGCUUUAGGUAAGAAGGAUUGGACUCUAAGGGGACAUUGUUGUUCUUAAAUGAACACACAGCCUUUUUUGUAAAGAGGAGGGAAAUGGGAAGAGGUUAGGUUUAAAAAACAUUCAUUUUUGAAUAUACUAGUUAUAUACACCCUUAUGUUGUAUAUGAAGAAACAAAAAUCUUUCUUUUCCCACAUCUGACUUUAAUUCAGGUUAAAACAUCCCUGUUUUACGUCAAAUAAAUGGGUAAAUAGUAAAUGGGUUUUAAAUAAAAGGUUUUAAAUGAACCAGGAUUGGUAUGUUUUCAAACUACUUGGAAACGUCGAUUUGAUAAAAAUCUCAUGGCUACACCUGAGGGUGCCACACUUAUCCGUUCAAACUGUUUUUUAAAAUUCUAAUAGCAUUGGAAUGUCCAAACUCAGUGGGCCCUUGAAAGCACCAUCCCAAGUGUAAAGUACGGAGAUGGCAGCAUCAUGUUUUGUGGGUGUUUUCACAAAAGAGAAAACACUGUGUAAAAUAAUCAUGAGAUUGUAAAUAUUUCAUUAAAAAAUCUAAAUAUGAGCCAGAAACUGAAGUUUUGGUAGCAAAUGCAUUUUUCAAAGGAACAAUUACUCCAAUCAAGCUGAUAAAUCUGGAACAAAGUGGGCUGAGGACCAAAUUCAAGCAAACUCUUGCAAGAUGCUUGUAAAAUAUUUCCCAAAACAUUUGUGAAUAAACUUGUGAAUGUGAGGAAGGUUAGAAUAAAAACUAGAAAAUGUUUUCUCAUCACUAUAAACAAGACACAUUUUUGGUAAUCCUAUUUAACCUGUAACAGAAAAGGGAACGUCAGAGUUCAUAUCAGAAAGAAAGGGGAAAAAGAAGAUUUGUUUUUAUGGUAUUGUUAUUAUUGCCAUAUAUUUAUUCACAGUGACAUUUCCACAUCAUUCCACAUCAUUCUAUAAGUGCCAAAUGGUUAAUGGUUUUAGUUUAUAUUUGCCCAUAUGAGCAAUCCUUGAAAGAUCUAAAAAAAGGACAUGAUUUUGUUAAUAAAAUUAAGUAAAGGUAUUUAAACAAGUAUAUUUUUUCACAACCAUCAUGUUAUCCAAGCUUAAUGAAAAAAAUUAUUGAAAUUAUUUUAUAAAUUAUUUGUACAAAAACUAAUAUUGAAAAAAUAAAUAAGAUGAAAAAUGUUCUCUACAUUAGUAAUAAUAGCAUUUACAAAAGGGUAUCAGCUCAAAACUAGUGCAUUUGUUAGUCAGCGAAUCUGAAAACAAGCAGCAAGUAUUCGUGUCCAGUGUGCAUUCAUUAUUUUUAGCUGCUUAGCAUCAAAGUGGUAGCAUGUUUAGUGUGGAAUCGGUAGUCACAUUUAAACAGAAUACAAAAGGUUUAAACAGGAUUCUGUUCGAUAACAACACAGUAUAAAACUGUAACAGUUAAAAAUAGACAAAAAUGAUUGCAUGCUCAUGGUAAUAACAGAGAACCAGCACCUGCAGCACCCACGUGAAGCAAUAAUCAUUGUAUGCAGAGAGACCAGAAACGGUUUAAAAGAAAAAAUAAUGGUGACAUUUUAAAGCAGCCUGUGGACGUAGAUUAACAUACUACAGGGUGAUAUUCCAUGGUUAACAAUCCAUACAUGCAUUUCUAUAUAACUAAUGAAACUCUUGUAGCUUAUAUGUAUUGAAGGUGUUGUUUUCACUGAGCUUCAGAGCCUAAGUUCUAUGUCUGGGCUAAAUUAAGCAGAUUACGCCAGCAUUACACCCACACAACUGGUGUCCAAUUCUCCAGUCCAGUCUCUGUUUCUUGGAUAAUAUCAGAUAUUUAGAGAAUCCUGCGACUUGCUGUAGCGUUGAAAUCGUUCUGCAGGUGCUGUUUCUCUGCAGUCAUGGGGUAUUGCACGGCAGUGAAUAUUCACAUAUGUAAGAGGGCUUUGCUGUUUGGUACAUUAAAGCCAAAGAAAUCAGGGUUUUAUUUUUCAACUUUUUUUUUUUAAUAAGGUCAAACUUACAGUUUGCUGAGCCUUGUGAAUAUUGAUUCGGGUUUAAUUAAGCAUCUUAAUGCCGAACCACUUCCAAUAUAAGACUCACAAAAAAUGCAUUCCUUUUGUUUAUUUGUCUUUUCUGGGUCAGCUAGAAAAUGUACUCCAGUGUUUGUGCCAUCUGCAGUCAAACUGGCUCUCCCCAAACACACAUAAAGGUUCUGUACCAUAACUUUAUGUCUUUUUUAUUAUUAUAAUAAAUAAAAUAUUCUCUUCUUUUUCAUGGUUUAGUCAUUGUUAUAUCUCAGCACAUCUGCUUCCUGUUGUAUUGAUAAAAAGGUUUUCUACCCUAACCAACUGAAUGUGAUUCAUUGAAGUUAAAAUUAAGUUAUAUGUAUACGUUUUAUUUCUGAAUGUUUCAAAGUGGUCUAUAUCUUUCUGCCACGAACAGCACGAUCUCUAAUGAGUCACUUUGCAAUAAGUCUGGGUUGAUUAGAAACCAAUAUCAGUUUGAUCAAUGACAGCCUGCUAAAGGAAGCAUGACUCGUACCUUUUUUAAAUGGAGGGGAAAAAUAAUCUAGGCAUGUCCCUUCUGUUGGGAAUUCCUUUUCUGAAAUAAGUAUUUUUAAUAACAGAUUUUGCAUUAUUUUUUAUUUUUAAAUGAUUAUUUCCUCUUUUGGUUCUGUUUCAAGGAAUAUCUGGACAUAAACUGUGUUGGACCCUGUUGUUGGCAUCAGGUGUUUGCUGUAUUUUAGGGUGCUCAAUCACAGCUGUUAAUAUCUGACUAAUGUUUAAGGCACAUCUUCUGUCUUACAUACUGUAAAUAAAAAAGUAAAAAGAAAAACACCAAGUAUCUUUACAAUAAAAAAAAGCCUCAGCUGCUUAACUGAGUGACUGA